AUGUCUCUCGCUUUCUCCCUUCCCGCUCCCCUCCUUCGCCUUCGGCCCCGACCAUGCGUCUCCCGUCAUUCCCUGGUAUGCACGGCUUCGCCAGUCGCCGCCGCUGGCCUAGUGCUCCCCCCGUCCCCCAUCCCAUCUCGCUUUGACUCCGGCGCCAUAUCGGGUGCCGCCGUGCAGCGCUACCUCUCUGACGAGGGGGCUCGCUUCGUCAUGUGGUACGCCGGACGCCCUCUCACCUGGGCCUCUUCCGCGAAAGCCCCGCCCGGCACGUCCCACGGUCUCGUUGGCCUGGCCCUCUCCUCCGACGGCAUCACGUGGGACCGCGUCGAAGGCCCACUGGAAGCUCAUUCCGUCCUCGCCCCGAACGACGAUUGGUGGACCUUUGACACCGUCCAUCUCUCUCUGGGCUCCGUUUCCAUUGACAGUAACGACAUGGUGCGCGCCGACGCCGGCGUCUACUUCAUGUACUAUGGAGGCGGAAACGCAGAGAAAGUGACCGUGGGAGGGGCAGAACUUGCAGGCGCGCGUAUGGCCAUCGGCGUGGCCAUCAGUAAGGAUGGUGAGCACUUUACCAGGAUUGAGGGCGAACAUCCAUCGGGCGCUGUGCUGGAGCGUGGUGACGAAGGCGCGUUCGAUGAGCUAUUUGUUGCGGGGCCUUGCGUGGUCAGGGCGAAGACGGGGGCAAGCAAUGCAGGCAAGUACGUUAUGCAUUACUUCAGCUUUGAUGAGAGGAGAGGUAGGUUUGCGAUAGGGCAGGCGAUAUCGAAGGACGGGCUACGGUUUGAGAGGGCGAAGAACGAACCGGUUAUCACUGGGGAAGGGUGUGCCUUUGCGGAGCGAGGCGUGAGUCGGUGUUGCGUGGUGGAGAGGGCGGCCGGAAGAUUCGUGAUCUUUGUGGAAUGCGUGGACGGAGAGGGUGUGCAUCGCAUUGCGAUGGCAGAGUCGAGCGAUUGUCAGACUUGGGGUGACCUUAAGGUUGUGUUGGAGCCUGGGGAGGCCGAGGCGUGGGACUGUAAGGGAGUGUCCCAUCCAAGCGUAGUGCAGAUGGAUGAUGACCAGAUGAGGUUGUACUAUAGGGGACGGGGGAGUGAGUACGAUGCGGAGAAGGGGACGGGGUCGGGCAUUGGCGUUGCGGCGAGCAAUGGGGCGGAUUGGACCAGGCUGGAGCGGAUAUUAACGGAGCAGCAAUAAUGAAUUUUGUAUCUUGACAUGAGCGUGGGGCCUUCUUAUCUCGUGCAGCACAACCAAACGUCUACUGCUGCUGAGAUGUUGACUCGUCCUUCUUCCGAAAUUCACCAGUGAUGGCCCCGGCCGUCGUCCUCACGCCCAGCAAGAACAACCCGAGUGCUGUCACCCCCGAAAUGCCGCUCCCCAGAGCGAAUAAACAAACGAGACCAGUUCGAACUACCGCCCCCAGCCUCUGCACGACAUAAAGAUCGUUGGUGAGCGGGUGAGUCAAGAAAAAACGAA